CGCAGUUAUCUUCAAGAAUUCAUUUGAAUGUCUUCCGGAUUGAAUUUUUAGCUAACAUUUGGUAUGAGUGAACUAGACUUAAUGAAUAAUAUGCUCAAAAAAAAUUAUCAAAAAAUUCCACCGGGAGCCACCUCAAAUGGCACGUCCACACAAAAUCUUCUAUAUAAGGACUUAUUUGACCCCUUUUUUGUAACUUCGAGAACCAAACUGACCCUUUGCUCCUUUCUUAAUGUCCCAGGGUCUUUUUGGCAUGAUUGGUGGCUCCAUCUAGGUACCUUCCAUGUACAUCAUUGGUUUUAAUAAUCACCAAGUCUCUAAUACUGAAUAUUAUCACUGGUUAAGGGUGGAUCAAACAAUUCAUUCCUGAUUGUUUGCACAUCUUUAUUGUAAUGUCCUAAUUGAUGUACAUGAUGUAAAACAAUCUUUGAGUACCUAGGAAAGAUUGCAAACCUGUUUUAUGUCUGCUAGCUAGUUUAGCUCGUUCUAUGGACCUUAAUCUAUGGAGCAUUAUUUGCCGGACAUUAAAAUUAUGGUUGAUGCCCUUGCUACAAUUAAUUCUCAUGUGUGUGAAUUAGAAUUGCUUCAAUACACCUUGUUAGAUUUGGGGUUAGAAUAUAUGUCUAUUGUUUCCACCAUAGCUCUGUGUCCCCAAAAUUUCCCUCUACAUAUUCUCCAUCCGAGACUCUUAGAACAGGAGCAGAGAGUAUUGUUUUCGAGACAGCUAGACACAACCAAUCUUCAUCAUGCGUGCGCCACAGCUACAGUGUCGCUUUCAGCCUCAUGGGCAACACUAGUAUGUAUCACCCGACACAUAAAUCUGGGUUCGGCCAGUUUUAGGGGGCACGGCAGCCUCUAGACCCUUGCACACUGAUACUGUUGGUAAUUCUAUUUUGUCACAUUUAAAUAUUAUUGAUGCCUUAUUUAUGUGUGGUACUAACUCUGGUCCUACAGGCUUUCCAUCAAUUGAGGUAUUGAGAUCAUUUUUUAAAAUAGUCCCUGUUGAGGUUUAUUCCCGAAGAUCCGAAAGCCCAACACAAGCCUUGGAUAUUGUAGGGAUAUUGGGUAGGGUUGAAAUGUGUGUAAAAUAUAAAAUAGUGAAAUAAUAUCCAACUCAAGAACUUACUUAUAUUCUGUAAUUAAGCAAUUACACUGAAACUACCCGAACGGUAGAUGAAUAUGAGAUUACAAGGAUGGGAGAUGUAAAUCUAUUGCUAAGCUCUGAGUAUUAAAAUGCUAACCCUUUACAACGAUCUAAACAUGGAUAUUUAUACUAAGAUGGGGAUGGGUAAGGUGGACACGUGGUCGAAUCGGGUAGGCUAUCACCUCUGCCAUGUAAGCACCCAUGCCCCCACUUGCAGCUGUCAUGAUCCAGCAUUAAAUGCGGCCUCCACUUGCUGACUGCCCGUUCGGGCAAGGUGUUCGGUGUGUGGGACCCUGCCAUAGGUGAUAAUUUCUACCUGAAGUAUCCCGAACGCCGAUCGAUAUUUGGGUCUUGAUACCUUGGCAUAAUCGUUACCCAGAAUGUUCCAAGUAUAAGUUUUAUCCCGAAUGCCGUUCGGGAGUUCUUUGGGCUUGUUGCUUUUUCCCGGAUUUGGGCCUAGGGAUAUUGGGCCUGGACCCAAUAUCCCAAC